CUAAUUUCGCUCUGAAUUCUGACCAUCUGAAGAAGAGGCCGAGGCUGAUGCGAUUGUUUUUCUGAAACGAAUGAAUUAUUUACGUACUUUUGAGUACAAGUAUAACACAGACGUUAAUUGUAUACAUAAACCAUGACGAAACUGAAUAAUCCAAAUGCUGCACGAAUCAAUCCCUGCUUAAAAGAGCAAGAACAAUCUUACGAGUGUCUGAAUAAAAAUGGCUAUGACCAUAAAAAGUGCGAAGCGUAUUUUGAUAACUACAAUACUUGUAAAAAGUUCUGGGGAAAGGUUUACAGCGACAGGAAAGCCAGAGGCAUUCAUCCCUACCUGCCUGAUGUUGAAGAGAGGGAGAAAAUCAAGUCAGAUUAUAUAAAAAAUGUGAAGGACUCAUUGUGAUUAUUGUCAAAUUUUUUUAUAGAUUUUUGUUCUUGAAUGCCAUAGUUACGCAUAAUACAUUUGAGGGCUGAAAUCCAAUAUUAAAAUAUCAGCCAGAAUGGUAGACCUAAAUGGUUGUGGCUAUUAUGUUAUCAUAAGACUGGCUGUACCAGUCACAAAUUUUGCAGCAUGCUGUUGCGUACACACUGCAGCAACUGCAGCUUUGCACUGUAACUGCAGCUUUUGUUGUUACCAAUGGAUGUCAAGCUCCUAACUGGAAUUUCAAGAAUAUUUUAUAUCAUGAUUGAUGGUCAUUAUCUUACCUUUCUGAUACAUUUAACUAAUUUAGACACUUUGAACAUUUCAGAUGCUUUGAAGGUAAAACCUCUUUGAAGGCAAAAGUCUAUCUAAACUGGAAUUUAUUUUACAAUUUAUGUAACCUAAUAAAGACUAGCUGUGUAAUAAUGUACUAUUAAUCUAUAUAGCAAUUGUAUAUAUUAGUUUUAUUUUUUACAUAAUCUUUCUGCACAAUGGCCUCAUUCUGUACAUUGUUACACUGUUGGAUUUAAGUGACCCUCGGUGAUCGGCAUGGACGGUGCCACACUUGUGGGUUUUCGAGUAAAAAUAUUAUUCAAAAACUUAAAAUAACACUAUAAAAUUACUUUUUCAAACAAGAUCGCUGCAUUUGAGUCAUGUCCAUAUUAAGAUUUUUGUUCAGAAUCCCGCGGUGUGGCGCCGUCUGUGCUGAUCACUGGUGAUCAUGUUUAUUUAGUAGUAACAUUAUUUUGAUAGGAUAUGUGGUUAAAAU